AAGCUCAACGUCCCGUUCAGCCCUGCACUACAGACGACGGCGGCAGGGGCCGAAAAGAGGAGCGCCGCCGCCGGCGACCUCAUCCCCAGGAAGCAGCCACCGAAGACUCGAGAGAGGGGCGAGCGUGCUAAGGAGAUAGGUAAUGGAUCCUGCUCAGAUUCCUCAAGGGUACGAUCCUGUUCCAAGUAUGGUAUGUGUGGAUGCCAAGAGGCUGUGGCGUUCUGCAAUGCUAGCCGACGCCGUAUCCAAAGUGAUCAACGCUGACAACACUAGUUCCUGGUCGGCGCCCCCGCUGGACGAUGAUGAUCUCCUUGAGGAGAUCUUUCUGCGCCUCCGUCCAAAGCCAUCCUCACUUCUCCGCGCCUCCCUCGUUUGCACACGCUGGCGUAGCAUACUCUCUGACCCCAAGUUCCUCAAACGUUAUAGGAAACACCAUCGGAAGCCUCCUCUAUUGGGCUUCUUCACAGGAAAUAGAGGCACAGAACACAAUUUUGUUCCUGCUCUAAACGCGAAGCCGAACCGCAUCCCGGCUGAGCGCUUCGCCAUACCCAAGAGCAGCAGCCCCUACGACCACUGGAACUUCCUUGGCUGUCGCCACGGCCUUGGUGUCCUAAUGCACUACUACGGGCGUGAGGUUGUUGUAUGGGAUCCCCUCACCGGCCAGCAGCACCAUGUUCCUUUUCCGCCUGAGCUACCCCGUUUAAGUUGGUUUUGA